AAAUAAAAACAAAUGUGUAUCAUGAUUGCGUACAGAAACAUUAUCAAAUUUGAUGAUUGAAAUUCAAUUAUUGGGUGUGAUAGCUAACAGUAGUAUGUACUUGGGAAAAGGGGAGCGCUAUGGAAUAUAAUUUUGUGGUUGGGUACAAUUAUGAUUCAAUUAAUGGUUAAUGUUUUGCAGCCAUGGCCCAACCCUGGCACCGACCUACGGCUAUUUGACCAUUGUGGUGGUCUGGGAAUCUUCACGUUGAGGCUCCUGGGCAGUCAGGUAUGGAUUGCCUCUAGAACGACGUCGUUUUCAAAUAGAUGGCAAAUUGCUAAGGACCACUCUAAACGACGCCGUUCUCUGUUUCUUGCUUGCCACACUUCCCCUGGGAAUGUGAAUGUGAAAGCUGCUGGGUGUUUCCAGCCCUUGCUCUACGACUGAAAACCCUUCUAAACUCUUUAAUAUUUUACUCGGAAAAUCCCUUCAAUUUCCCCCGCAACCAAACGUGGAAUCCGUAUAGAAAGGAAGGAAAGGGUAACAUAGAAAGAACUAGAAAGUCUUUCUUUGUCUUUGUCUUUCCGUUUUAUCCGGACCUCAAUAGAAUCGCACAGAAUCAUCAUCGCAAAAUCUUGGAAACUCUCGAGUUAUAGCUGAUCCUGGGGGCGAAUUCAAGCCCUUGAAGCAACGAAGAAGAAGAUCGUAGUAAAGGAAAAGAGGAGGAGAAGAGAAUGGAGAGCAGCGCUGCUGACAGAAGCCACCAUCGUGUGCCUCUAUCGGAGGUGGUCUCGGAUUGUGUGAAGCGAUGGUUCCAAGACACUCUCAGGGAGGCCAAAUCUGGGGAUGUCUCCAUGCAGGUCUUGGUGGGUCAGAUGUAUUAUAGCGGCUACGGCGUUCCCAGAGAUGCACAAAAGAUUGUAGGUUUUGUGGUGUUAGAGAACUUUGUGUUCUGUCCACUUCCUGAGAAGCCAAGGGAAAAGAAAAAUGAAAUUUUGAAUCUUAUAUUUCAUUUGGUAAUUCGUGUUUUUGACAUUAUAUACUUGGUAGUGAGAAAUGAUCUCAGACGGAAAUGAGUUAAAACUUAGGAAUCUUAUAACUUCUUGAGGUAGAAUUCCUAAUUUUCCUUGUUUAUCCCUUUUUCUCCUCUUCUUUCUACAACCAAAUGGGGUUUGCAGUAUUGUGUUGUGGUAUUUUUCUGUUCCUUCACGUUUAGUGUCCUUUGCUUAAUUCCUUCGGCUGUUGGGGUUUCAGGGAAGAGUUUGGAUGACAAGGGCUUCAAGGACUCGGUCUUCUGUUUGGAAAGUGAGCGAUAAACACCCUGGUAAAUAUCUCUCUGUAUCUCUAUGUACCAUCUUAUUUAUUAUUAUUAAUUGUGCCUCUGUUUGUUCUGGUGGAUCUUUGUUAGGUUAUAAUGCAAGUGACUCGGAUUCAGAUGAGUUGAAGGGUGAUUCAUAGUCAAACCUAUUAGGCCUUUGUUUCCUGAAAAACAUAGAAAGUGAGUUGAAUUGUCCAGUGAUUCUGUUGUUCUUGGUGUUUUUGUAGUAAAAUUGCUUUUAUUUGGCUGAGGUUAAUGUAUUAUAACGAUCAAGAGGCUGGGUUUGUCUUGUCCUUGGGAGCUGUGUUUCUCUUAUUGUGCUUUUUUCUGACUCAAGCUUGUUUAAAAUCAACAUGUUAUCUGGAAGUAGAUUUUGUUGUUAUCUAUAAAUCAAGUUGCUGUGA